GGACACCAAGAAAGCCCUCAUUCAACACUUUGCUCGUCUCUCGAAUAUAAAGGAAAAUGGGUGAAAUGGCAGCUCGGACGGCUAGCAUAUCAAGACAGACGAGUGAGACGUCCAUCGAGGUGACGCUCAACCUCGAUUGGUCGCCUGAGGCUGGUGCGAAGCAGAAUAUCGAAGUGUCGACUGGUAUCGGGUUCCUCGAUCACAUGUACAACGCCCUUGCGAAACAUGGUGGUCUUUGCCUUACGAUGAAGUGUAAGGGAGAUCUUUGGAUCGAUGACCACCACACUGCAGAGGACAGCGCAAUCGCACUCGGAACAGCAUUCAAGCAAGCCUUGGGUGAAGUCCGCGGGAUAAAGAGGUACGGUACGGGACACGCUCCGCUCGACGAGGCUCUCGCACGCGCCGUAAUCGACAUCUCCGGCCGCCCCUUCUGCGUAACAGACCUCCAACUCAAACGUGAAAAAAUCGGAGACCUAUCCACUGAGAUGCUCCCUCAUGUGUUCCAUUCCUUUGCUGUUGCUGCGGGUGUUACGCUUCAUGUUGAUGUGCUUCGUGGGGAGAAUGAUCAUCAUAAGGCUGAAUCGGCUUUCAAAGCUCUCGCACUUGCGAUUCGUCAAGCUAUCGAAAGGACGGGAGGAACGGACGUCCCGAGCACCAAAGGUGUCUUAUAAAGGCACAAAUAAAAUAAGUAAAACAGAGAGACGAAGGAAAAUCGACUCAGAAUCAGAUUCAUGAAGGAAGGAAACUUUCUUGGAUAUGUUAUACUGUACUUUACCUUAUCCUGUAACCAACGAAUGUUGAAUCAACAAUUUCGAACGUGA